GUUUGUUUCUGUGUUUGUUGGCUUAUUAAACUGGCCGGCGAUGCCGACGCCGGUGGACUUGGUGAGGCAAUGCUUGACGGAGGCAGCGGCGCGUGUUUUGGAUGAGGCGGUAGUGGUGGCGCGUCGAAGGAGUCAUGCUCAGACCACUUCGCUUCAUGUGGUCUCUGCUUUGCUAGCUCUACCGUCGUCCAUUCUACGCGACGCUUGUGCACGUGCCAGGAGCAUCCCGUACAACUCGCGCUUGCAGUUUCGCGCGCUGGAGCUCUGUGUCGGGGUCUCGCUGGACCGGCUGCAGAGUUCGAAAUCGGUGGAGCGACCUCCGAUUUCGAAUUCACUGACGGCGGCAAUCAAACGGGGACAAGCGAGCCAGCGGAGGAAUCCGGAGAACUAUCACCUGCAACAGAUUCACUGUAACCAACAAACGCCGUCGCUUUUGAAGGUUGAACUAAAAUAUUUUGUUUUAUCGAUUCUAGAUGAUCCUAUUGUGAAUCGCGUGUUUGGUGAAGCCGGGUUCCAAAGCUUUGAAAUAAAAAGAGCGAUACUUCAACCGCCUGUUGCUCAAUUAUCUUCCAAAAUUCUGCGAACUCCCCGGUGCCCGCCAAUUUUUCUUGGUAAUUUGACUGACUCGGGUUUGGGUCUGGAUCCGGUCCGAGCUGGGCCGAGCUUCCCUUUUGAUUUUGAAGAUGUUGACGAGAGUUGUAGGAGAAUUGGUGAAGUUCUACUGAAGAGAAACGAGAAAAAUGGGAAGAACCCGUUGCUUGUUGGGGAUUAUGCAAGUAAAGCUUUGAGGGGAUUUAUUAAAAAUGUAACUUCUAGGAAACCGGGGGUUUUGCCUAAAGAAGUAUAUGGGGUGGAUGUGGUUUGUAUUGAGGAGGAGAUAAGUGAGUUUGUCCUUGAGAAUGGAAGUGAAGAGAGGAUGCCGUCAAGGUUUAAGGAAUUGGAGACUACUGUGGAGCAAUGUUCAGGGCCUGGUGUUGUUGUGAAUUUUGGUGAAUUGAAAGCUUUGGUUGGUGACAAUGUGUCAAGUGAGGCUGUUAAGUUUGUUGUUUCAAAAUUGACCAGUUUGUUGGAGAUGAAUAGUAGGAACUUAUGGUUGAUAGGAGCGGCGGCGAAUUAUGAAGCUUAUUCAAAGUUUUCGAACAUGUUUCCGAGUAUAGAGAAGGACUGGGGUCUGCAACUUUUGCCUAUUCACUUCAAAUCCAGCUUGAUGGGGUCCUUUGUUCCAUUUGGUGGGUUCUUUUCUUUGCCACUUGACCCUAAAAAUCCAAUGAGAAGCAAGAAUCAACAUAGCCCUUGUUACCUUUGCACUGAGAAGUUUGAACAUGAAGUUGCAGCUAUUUUGAAGGAACGAUCAAUUACUUCAGUUGCAGAUCGGUGCUCAGAAAAACUUCCUUCUUGGUUAGAAAGGGCAGAACUUGACACCAGAAAGGGUGUUGAUAUGGCCAAGGCCAAGGAAGAUGGCACGGCAUUGCAUGCUGAAGUCUUGGAGCUGCAAAAGAAAUGGAAUGAUACUUGUCGUCUUCAUCACCCUCAAGUACUCCCCAAAUUAGAUACUCCCGAAACAAGGUCCCAAGUCCCAAUUCCCGAGGUCUUUCAAUUUAUUGCAGAUAAGAAGGAAAGCAGCAGUAAAGAUCCUGCGUCAAAUGAAAAUCUGUGUGCUAAUCCAAAUCUCAGUAUGCAAAUAGAUUUGCGAAAGGUUUUACCCACAAUACCGAAUACUUCAAUAGCAUCAACUUCUCAAGCUGCGAAUGUUAAUUCCCAAUCUAGGGUUCAGGUAAACUUUUCAAAAGAUCAGCAACAGCAAAUAGAGAAUGAAGGCCACCCAGUUCCCCCUCACCCUCCGUCCAAUCCAACCAAUCCUCCUCACAACCCACCUUCUUCAUCCCCAAUUGCAGUAACCACAGAUUUGGGAUUGGGAACAAUCUAUGCUUCAAUCAGGCAGGCGGCAGAAACUCCAGAAUUAAAAUAUCAGAGUCUUUCUCCCCCCAAAUCUCCUAAGUUUGAUGCAGUUUGUGAGGGUAACUCUCAACAUUUUGCCAAACAUGGUUCGUGCUCCGGCGGCUCCAUAUCUAAGUUAGCAGAGCUAGCACAUGACGGAGAUGACAAGACACUUAGGAAAAUACUUGCUGAAAAGGUCGGAAGGCAAGAUGAAGCCAUAAUUACUAUUACUCAGGCUGUAUCACGUUGUAGAAAUGGACAUGGACGGCAUCAUGGCUCAAGUGGUAGAGGAGACAUUUGGUUUACUUUCCUUGGGCCUGACAGAGCUGGAAAGAAACUAAUUGCUUCAACUCUUGCUGAGAUAAUAUUUGGUGACCAGGAAAACAUAAUUUGCAUGGAUUUUAGUUCCCAAGAUAGGGGUAGCCGUCAGGAAAAUAUUUUUCAAUGCCAACAAUUGGAUGGUUGUGAUAUGGAGUUUCGGGGGCACUAUGUUGAUUAUAUUGCCGAGGAGUUGAGAAAGAAACCAGAUUCAGUUGUCUUCCUCGAAAACGUGGAGAAGGCUGAUCUUGUGACCCAAAAUGCAUUAUCCGAGGCUGUGAAAAUAGGUAAAUUUCAUGACUCAUUCAGGAGAGUAGUCAGCAUCAGCAAAGUGAUCUUUGUUACAACAUCAACAAUCAUGCAAGGUAACGAUAAUGAAUUUUCAGAGAGGAAAGCUGGUAGAUUUUCUGAGGAAAUAAUUUUUGGAGCCAAAAAGUGGCAAAUGCAAUUGUCAAUUAGUUGGCACUCCCAGGAUGUCAGCAGACCUCAUGAGCUGAAAGCGAAUGUAACACCAAGCAAAAAAACUCCAAAAGCUGAAUCUCGGAAUAAAAGAAAGUUUAUUGACAAUGAUGACUCUUCGGCUGAGUUGCAGGAAAGGAGUCACAAGUCGAUAAGAUCCAAUCUAGAUCUUAACCUUCCUAUAGAGGAGGCAGAAGAGGAAAUCAAUUCUAUAGACUAUGACAGUGAUGCGAUCUCUGAAAGCACAGAAGCUUGGUUGGAAGAUUUCUGUGAUCAAGUGGAUGCAAAGGUGUAUUUCAAGCCAUUGAAUUUUGACUUGAUUGCAGCGAAAUUAACCAGGGACAUCUAUAUACGAUUUCAGAGAGCAAUGGGAUCUGAGGUAGUCCUUGAGAUUGAUGAUGAAGUCAUGAUAGAAAUACUUGCAGCGACGUGGUUAUCAAACAAGAAGAUGGCAAUAGAGUUUUGGAUUGAAGAUGUUCUGAGCAGACACUUUGUCCAAUUUCAGCAGAUGUAUCAUCCCAAACCCGGGUCUGUUGUGAAACUAGCUGUUUGUGACGGUCGUCCUUUUGAACUGGAAUCUUCUGAAAUUUGCCUUCCCAUAAAAAUCAACAUGUAACUGAUUCUGGCUGUAUCAUCUAUGCUUCUUCUUCUUGUAAUUAAAAUGUACAAUGUAGAUCUUAGCUAGCAUCCAAAAAGCCUCGUUUGGCUAUGUGUAUUCUCCUGAGUUUUUUGGGAUAAUAGUUGUGUUAUGUUUAGCUGUUGUUAAAGAAUAUGCAUAAUGUUCCCUUUUUGUGGAAAAUUAUUGACAUGU